GGAACUUGAAGUGAGAGGGGCCAGAUCGUGGGAGCUGCAGAGACGACAAUAUGCUCAGAGUAAGGACGAAUGGUGGAUAACCUAGCUAUAUAUUACUUCAGGAUUCUAGUGCAUUACAAGAGAAUUUACUAUUGAGUGAAAGUGAAAGUAAACGUGACUUUGACUAAUAAUAAACUUCAACUUAAACUCCACGAUGGGGGAAUUACCUAUUGUGAUGCUAAUGACUCUUUUAUAUGGAGGUACAAUUCAUCCAGAUAUAACUACAAAACAAGACGUCAUCAGCUGGAGUUAUAGCGGAAAUUCAAACCCUAAUACCUGGCACGAGAGAUAUCCCAAAUGUAGUGGACAUAGACAGUCGCCAAUAGAUAUAAACACAAAUGAUGUCCGUCCCGUCCAUUGGCUGAAGCCUUUCGUUUUUUAUAACUAUCCAUCCGAUUCAGCCAAUCAAAUAGCAGCUACGCUUGUGAACAAUGGACACACAGCGAGUCUGGCCCUCGCCUCCGAGUGGUUUAUAGGAGGGGGUAGCCUAAAGGAGCGGUACCAAGCUGCGGAGGUUCAUUUUCACUGGAGUGAGAAGGACGAAGGCGGGGCUGAACAUAGUAUCAACGGCAUUAAACAUGCUAUGGAGAUUCAAAUGAUGUUCUUCGCAACCAAAUACGGGAAUUUGACAAAUGCCAUGAAAUACCCUGAUGGACUUGCCAGUAUUGCCGUAUUUGCCGAUGUUUCGCCCGAAGAUAACCCUAUAUUUGAGGACCUCAUUGGUGCGAUUACAAAAGUCUCUCAAUAUGGACAGACCUCGGACCUACGCUCCUUCCGGUUGACGGACUUCCUGCCACUUGACCCCCAGAGUUACUAUCAUUACAUGGGCAGUUUGACCAGCCCUCCAUGUCACGAAAGCGUCAUGUGGUUUGUGAUGAGUGACCGCAUCACGCUGUCUAGUCGACAAAUUGAUGCUUUCCGAUCGCUUCAAACUGGUGAGGUUGGGACAGAAACAGCAGAAAAUAUCCAAGACAAUAUUCGACCCGUUCAGCCUCUUGUAGGUAGGACAGUGUUCAGCAGUAAAUACAACCUCGAACUACCUAAGGCAGCCUACCAUUCCAUCCAAAAAAGACAAACAUUUUCAGGAGCCAUCAACAGAAAACCAAAAUUCACAUUAUCUGGUAGAAUUAGCGGCAAGUUCAGUUUUAAUAGGGGAAGAAAAAUUGUUUCGAGAAUUGCACCCGCAGUACAAGAACAGCAACCACCUCUAACGGUUGGACAUUUCUUUGGUCGAAAGAAGUCGGUAUCAUCGAUGAAUACCCAGGUACAGCCAAUAGCCAAUAUCAAUCAAAAGUCGUCUAACCACAUAAUCCAACCAGCAAACGGUGCUGGUGGUCCAGGAUGGAAAUCACCUCCAGCAUCAGCCGGUACCGCAUCUAAGAGCAACUGGGCAUGGCCUGAGGCAAAGACGUCAGGUUCAUGGUCUCCCUCCAAAAAGGAUCCCAAAGUUCCUCCUCCACCACCGACAGAAUUAUCUAAAACAACUACUACCGAUAACUUUAUAUUACAGUUCAAAAACGGCGCAAGCGUAAAUAAGGUAGGAUCGGCAGACCUGACAGGUAAUGUCCAAUUCGGUUCAGUUCAAGGAAUUUCUAUUCGGCCAGCCGAAGGCUCAGCAAGUAGCAAUAGCAUCAGCAACACCCCGAAAGUAGGAGGUACACCAAACGAGCCAAAUAUGCAAUUUGUUCAUGACCCUGCAGUACAAGUGACAAAGAUUGGAGGUGUGGAAACAGUUGCUCCAUUGACUAGACCAACAACAGCAGCCAAUGCCAAUCCUACCAUGCCCACGACCAUGCCUGUCAUCGAGACUACUAUGCCACCAGUAACACAAAACCCUGCCUUGGUUAUGGAUACAAGGUACCCUUCAGUAGCUACCCCGCAAGCAAAUGGACAACAAAUGGGAUAUCAAACCACUGCAAGUCCCAUUAAUAACAAUCAGGCAUGGCAGGUAGCCGGCGCUAUGCCUACAAAUGUGAUUCCACACCAAACACCACCACAACAACAAGCGCCACUCUGGUCUGCCCAGGCGAAGGAACCAGCAUCUGGGGCAGCACCAGCAGCACAAAACAAUCCAGUCCAUGAACCGACUGUUGCCACUCAGACGACAACACAAAAUCCACAACCAGUUACUCGUGCAUGGCAAACACGUGUCUCUGAACCAGCUAUACAAGAGGCACCUCAACGGCUGUGGCAAUCGGGUGUUGCCGACCUGACACAUAAUCAGCAGAAACCAGGAAACACGUGGCAGUCCAGUAAUUCGCGAUCAUCUUGGAGAUCAGGGGGCUCUCAGAUCUCAGGGACAGUACAGUCUAGGCAUGCAAUGCAGGGAUGGCAAUCGGGAUUUAGGCAGGCACCCGUGCUGACCCAAAAGACUCCAACGAAACAAGAGUGGCAUCCGAUAUCCUCAAAUCCAAACCACAAUGGCCGUGGAAACGUGGCCGCUAGCACCAACACUAGAGCCGAACAAUCUGGAACAUCAACAAAAUCGGGUCAGACAUGGCAGAAUAAACCAGCACAACCUAAAACGCAAUCACAAAAAGCAGCAAACAACUGGUCAGGGAAUGCACAGCCUCCCAAGGGCACGCAAGCCCCUCCACAGCAAUCACCAACACCGUCUGGUAUGCCAAACAAUUCAACAAUGGAGGACGCCGUUGGGUGGUUUGUCGCUCAAUUAAAAAGCGGCUCAUUCCAAGCAAAAUAUCGACAGUUGUGGGAUCUGCUCGAUUCCGCCAUAACACAGUACAAAAAAGACACAGCAAAACCUGGUAUGGAACAAAAAAUCAGUGAACUCAACGCCAAAUUGCAAAAGCUCGGAGGUAGAUUGAGGAAUUCAGUAACACUAGCUCCGAAUCCUCAAACAUAUAAUCAACAUCGAAAUGGGCAAGCACCAUACGUUUCCUCCCCUGAACAAAUAACACGUCCAUACGUUCAAUCAAGACAACAAAACGUUCAACAAACGGACAGGUUCCACGUUGCAGCACCGCAAAGAUCAGCAUAUCGGAAACACGACCCUCCACGCUCGCGUUACAAUCAGGACGUAAAAUCAGUUAACUCAAUGAAUAAAAUUGAUAGAGGAGUAAAUGCUGGCUCAGUAUCACUAAGUAAUCUUCAUGGUAAAAAUUCACCUGAUACAAUUACAGUACCUCAAGAUAUCACUGUGUUCACCCCAGUGAGCGGUGGACAUCCAGAUGCAACCCCCGUUCCGAACCCAAAUCCACAGGCAUUGUCGAGCUCAAUGAAUAAUCCUCAAGAAACACACGUAUCAAGAAAUGCUGAAUUUCACGUUGCACAACCUAACCAGGUCCAACAGCAGUCACAUGGGUAUGAGCCUAAUGCAGCAGUUAAUGAGCCUUUCAGUACAACCUACGAGCAAUUAACAACAAUGGCCACGCCGACAACUACCAUCAAAAUGAUGCGAAAGAAACCAACGUUUUCACUAGGAAAUAGCAAAACGGCUAACAGUUUCAAAAUUUCAGGAGGAUCCAGAUUUUCUGCGAAAUCAUUUUCUGCUCGUAAAUCUGUAUCAUCGCCUUCAUCUUCUUCGUUUUCCUCCAAACGGACCGGCACUUGGCAAGACCCUGCUGCCAGUUUAAAGGCAAAGCUUCGGCUUCAGGGGCAGCAGCAGCGACAGGAACAGGCAAAAUUACAGCAGGAACAGCAAAUGCAGGAACAGUUAAGAUUGCAACAAGAACAACAGCAUCAAGAACAGUUACGUCAAGAGCAAUUGUUGUUAGAACAAGAACGCCAGCGUCAAGAACAAUUGAUGAUAGAGCAAGAACGCCAGCGCCAAGAACAAUUGUUGAUAGAGCAAGAACGCCAACGUCAAGAACAAUUGAUGAUAGAGCAAGAACGCCAACGUCAAGAACAAUUGUUGAUAGAGCAGGAGCAGCAACGCCAAGCACAAUUGUUGAUACAGCAGGAGCAACAGCGUCAAGAAGAAUUGAGAUUACAACAGGAGCAGCAACGUCAAGAACAGCUAAGAUUACAGCAGGAACAACAACGUCAAGAACAACAAAUGAGAAUGCAACAGGAGCAGCAACUUCAAGAACAAAUGAGGGUUCAAUCACAAAACCAAGCACAAAAUUUCCCAGGUCAACAGCAACAGUUUAUGUUUAAUCCUACAAAUAAUCCUUUCCAUCCACAACAGCAAUUUCAACAACCUCAUAAUAAAAUGCAGCAACAUCUCAAUGAAGUAGCGCACCAACAUCAACAGCAACCACAGCAGCAGCAGCAGCAGCAGCAACAACAUCAUCAACAACAACAACAACAACAACAACAACAACAUCAACAACAACAACAACAUCAACAACAACAGCAGUUGCAGCAGCAACAACAACAACACCAGCAGUCGCAACAACAGCAACUACAACAACACCAGCAGCAGCAGCAACAACAGCAUUUACAACAACAACAACACCAGCAGUCGCAGCAACAGCAGCAGCCGCAGCAGCAACAACAAAUCCACCACCAACAACAACAUCAGCAGCCACAGCAGCAGCAGCAACAACCGUUUAACCCGUUGGCAACUUUUGAAAUUCAACAACAGCAGCUUCCGGCACAUCAGAAUCAAGCACAGCAACAACAAUACGUCGGAACGCCUCCUCCUGAACCAAAUCAGCAAUUUGGAUCUGGAAGCGGAAUGAACAUGCCUCCGUCUCAACACGGAUCAAUUUUAGACCAAGCACUGGGUAUCAAUCCGUCACAAUCUAAACCAAAUGCCAAUACCGCAGCCAAUGCCAACACAAAUAGCAUUAUUCCAAACAAAGGUCCAGAGGUGGCCUCAUUUGGUCAACAACAACCACAGGUAAAUGCCUGGGCACCAGGUGCUUGGGUAGAUCCUAUUCCUACUGGUCAACCACCGCAAGGUGGUCAUCAUGCACCUAGCCCACAACAAGGUGCCGGUAAUAUGCCUACGCAGUCACAACAUUCCGCCUUUAAUCCGUUUGGUGGACAGAAUCCAUUCCAGCAACCAGAAGCACCUGCGGUACCUCGACAUGAGUUUAUGCAAACACCAACUAAGGUCGCUAAAGCUCCAGGCUUCCGUCGAGGCGGGAGAGUCCAGAGUACGGCUGCUGUUAUGCAAGCUAGUCACCAGCAAAUGCAUGCACACGCUUUUGCAAGACCACCGUUAACAACUGUGCCCCCACCGACAAAGGCUGUAAAUUUCUGGAACCAGCCAAUGGUCACCCAGAGGAUCCCAACACCAGCUGUCACCCAAAUGACGUACAAACCUACAACUUUCCCUCCACCAGCCACCAAAGCUCCGAUGCCAGCCUCUAGAUGGGCACCUAUGAUGCCACCAUCUAUGCCGCCAAAGAGACCGACAGUACCAGCAACACAGUUGACCAAGCCGGUUACAUCUCAAAAACCUAAACCUAAGCCUAAAAGGAGGAAACAAAAGGCCAGAAGGAAUAAAAAGAGAAAGUUCGGCUUUUCACGAUUACUUGCAGGAUAUGGACCUAAGCUGCACGUGCAAGGCUAAACUUUGGAGACAUUUAAACCUUCAUUAUAAAUGUGGUAGGAAUUCCUCUCCUUGAAGUGAGAAAUAUUGGUAUACACGUUCAUGCUGCAAUACGUAUUAGAAAGGAAUGAAACGCGGACUUAAAAAUAACUUAUUAGACAAAAGAAGCUGUAUCACAUACCUGGUACCAUGGUUACAGGCAACUACUGGAAACCAUGGUUACGGUUCACUCCUGGAAACCAUGUGCAGUAACAUUGAAACCAGAACUGUAUUGUAUUGUAAUGAUAAGUUCCAGGUGUUGUAUAUACUUCAGAAAUUUUAUCAUUUUGUUAAAAGAGAUUAUCAAUUAUAUUUUUUAUAAAAAUGACAAAUUCCAUCUGUGUAUAAUAAUGGAUUAAUUAAUUAUUCCCGAAGCGCAUUAAAACCUACUACUGCAGUCCGUAUUUGUAGUAUCAUGUUUACCUCCAUGUCGUAGGACAAUCAUUUCACGGUUUUAAGUACAAUGAAUCUGUUGUCAGCAUUUUGCUGCCUGAUAAUAACCAAAUCAUGAUAGAGGAUCCUUUCAGCAAACAGGACUUGCUAUUAGGGAGGUCAGGGCAGGCGAGAUGGCUACCUAUUGGAGGCAAAUCCGAUGUGUUCCAAGAUGGCCACUCAACUGAGUGCUUGAAAUCUAUACUGGAUCGAAAUGGACCAGUUUGAUCGACCUGUGUCCGGGUUCCGGUCGCCAUGCUGGCAAAUACCACAGACAAAGUGAUACUAAUUGUAUAUUAUUUUGUACAAACGUGCUUUGUUUAUCAGUAAUGCAUUUUUAAAAAUUAUGUUAGGAUACAAGCAAUCUGUGCUUCGUGUAAAUAAACUUAUACAAAACAUA